AAGGAACGUCACCUGGAACAGACAUUACGUCACCAGGAACAAACAGAAUGACUUCUGUUUCCUACGGCAAGUUCAUAUCCAGCUUGCGGCCCGAAAUGUGACUUCGAUAACAUCUGAGCCUACGGACGUCGCCUGACAAAGAACGGGUAUUAAGAUGGCAGCAGCAGCAAAGACAACCGGGAAACAGAUGAAGCUGUAUAAGAAGUGUUUCGCCAUGUUGGACACCAGCGAGGACGGCUUCAUCUCUCCAGCCGAACUGGGCCCGGCACUGGCCGCGCUUAGCAUCGACCCCACCCCGGGACUCAUCAAGGACACCAUCCGGGUGUUUGACGUUGAUGAGAACGGGAAGUUGGACUUUGAUGAGUUCGUGACGUUCAUGACACACAUGAAGGAGGUGAUGUCACCAGAACCCAGGUUUCUCAUGGAGGCGUUUAAAAGUUUUGAUAAGAGCUAA